AAAAGAUUCCAUUCUCUUAGAUAGUACAAUUUUUUUACAUUUCCUAGAAUGUUGAAUAUUCUACUUACCAGUUGUUUUCUUGAUAUUGUUUUUAUUUAAUCGUGUGAAUACGUAUAAGUAAGAUACUCCAAAUUCAACGCUAAUUUCUUGAUAACGUGGCUAUAAAAAGUGGCCACAACUUUCUCAGCCUCCAUCUAACAUCACUAAACAUAACAAAAGAAAAAUGGCAAGUUUUGCAAAUACCAAAAGGCCUCAUGUAGUAUGUGUACCUUUUCCAGCACAAGGUCACAUAAGUCCAAUGCUCAAACUAGCCAAACUUGUUCACCACAAUGGCUUUUAUACAACAUUUGUUAACACUGAAUUCAACCACAAACGUCUUCUCCGGUCCAAUGGACCACAAUCCCUCGAUGGUUUGCCCGAUUUCCGGUUCGAGACUAUACCGGAUGGCCUCCCUCCUUCAGACCGCAAUGCCACACAAGAUCCUCCAUCAAUAUGUGCAGCUACAGCCAAGAAUUGUCUGGCACCAUUUCGAAAUCUCAUUAAUAAGGUAAACGCGACGGAGGGUGUUCCUCCAGUGACAUGUAUCGUGUCUGAUGGAGUUAUGAGUUUUACGUUGAGAGUUGCUGAGGAGUUGGGUAUUCCUGAUGUGUUGUUUUGGACUACAAGUGCUUGUGGUUUCAUGUGUUACUUGCAGUAUCGUCAGCUUGUUCAAAGAGGAUACACCCCUCUCAAAGAUGAAAAUGAUAUUACAAACGGAUACUUGGAGACAACAGUAGAUUGGGUCCCUGGAAUGAGAGAUAUGAGGCUAAAAGAUUUCCCAAGUUUCAUCAGAACAACAGAUCCCAAUGACAUAAUGCUUAAUUUCUUCUUAAAUGAAACUGAAACUGAAAGGAUUUCUAAAGCCACAGCUAUAAUCUUGAACACAUUUGAUGCAUUUGAGCAUGAUGUCUUGCAUGCCCUUCUCACCAUACAUCCAAACAUUUAUACCAUUGGUCCUUUACAACUUUUGCUCAAUGACACAAUUGUUGAUGAAAAGGUCAAAUCAAUUGGUUCAAAUUUAUGGAAAGAAGAUUUGAGCUGCAUUGAGUGGCUUGAUAAAAAAGAACGAAACUCAGUUGUUUAUGUGAAUUUUGGAAGUGUAACUGUGAUGAAUUACGACGAAUUUACUGAGAUGGCAUGGGGACUUGCUAAUAGCAAGAAACAAUUUUUAUGGAUCAUUAGGCCUGAUUUAAUUACAGGGGACGACGUUGUAAAUUUGCCUGAAGAUUUUUUAAGUGAAAUUAAAGAUAGAGGGAUGAUAGCCAGCUGGUGUCCUCAAGAGAAAGUAUUGAAACAUCGCGCUAUUGGAGGGUUCUUGACUCACAAUGGAUGGAAUUCCGUGUUAGAAAGUGUUUGUGCAGGCGUGCCAGUGAUUUGUUGGCCAUUUUUUGCUGAGCAACAGACGAAUUGUAGGUACAGUUGCAUUGAAUGGGGGAUGGGAAUGGAAAUAAUUGACCUCAAGAGAAGUGAAGUUGAGAUUCUUGUAAGGGAAUUGAUGGAUGGGGAAAAAGGAAAGAAGAUGAAGUUGAAAGCUAUGAAUUGGAAGGACGAAGCAGAGAAGGCUGCUAAUCCAGGAGGUUCUUCUUGUAUCAACUUGAACAAAUUGUUUAAUGAGGUACUUUUCGCUCCGAGCUCUGAGGUGUCAAAUGGUCGGGUUUGAUCAAACUUAGGUAUAUUAAACGGGUUAAUAAUGAUCAACUCGUCUAAAAUUUGAGCAGAUCGAAAUAGGUUGUGGGUUCAAAAUAAUAAAUUAUGUCUCAAUCUGUCUAUGUACUAAUGGACAUAUGCAAUAUUAACUCUGGAAAGUUGCUACUGUUUUUAGCUA